CUCAUGCCCCCUGUGUGGACUAACAGUUUGGUGGUGAGACGACACGAAGCUCAGACACCGUCCUCAAGAGCCAGCUCCUGUUAAUAUUCACAAGAAGAAGAAGGUAGUCCCACCGCUGCACCAAGCCUGCUCAUGUCUGCACCAUCACCUGCUAUUUGGCCACUGAGUUGAAGGAAGACUUGUCUCACCAGGGGACAGAUAAGGAGCCUCUGCUUUAUCAGAAACAGCACUUCCAGACCACUAUCCUACAGCAGUGACCUUUUCACCUGUAGCACACCCUCUUUCCGCCCUUUCUCUCCUCCUUCUCCAGUCUUUGUGUCUCAGGUGUGUGUUCGGCCUGUGAGCAGUGAUGGGGGACUGGAGUCUCCUGGGGAAUUUCCUAGAGGAGGUCCAGGAACACUCCACCUCGGUCGGAAAGGUCUGGCUCACCGUCCUCUUCAUCUUCCGUAUCCUGGUGCUGGGCACGGCAGCCGAGUCCUCCUGGGGCGAUGAGCAGAGCGAUUUCCUGUGUGACACUCAGCAGCCCGGUUGCACCAAUGUGUGUUAUGACAGUGCCUUCCCCAUCGCCCACAUCCGCUACUGGGUGCUACAGAUUGUUUUUGUCUCCACACCAUCCCUCAUCUACAUGGGCCACGCCAUGCACACGGUGCGCAGGGAGGAAAAGCAGCGGAGGAGGGAGCAGGAAGAGAAAGAGGCGAGAGGGGAAGGCGAAGGAGACCUGGAGGGGGAGAAGGAGUACCUCCAGCAGAAGGAGAGCGGAAAAGUGAUGACAUCUGAUGGGACUGGACAUGUUCGCCUGAGAGGAGCGCUGCUGCAGACUUACAUGCUGAGCAUCAUGAUCCGUACAGUGAUGGAGGUGACAUUUGUUGUGGUGCAGUACCUGAUCUAUGGGGUGUUCCUCAAGGCUUUGUACCUGUGCAAGUCAUGGCCCUGCCCCAACCCCGUCAACUGCUACAUGUCCCGACCCACAGAGAAGAACGUCUUCAUUGUCUUCAUGCUGGUGGUGGCCGGUGUGUCUCUGCUGCUCUCCGUGUUGGAGCUUUACCACCUUGGCUGGAAGAGCGCAAGGAGGUGUGUACGCGAAAGGGCAUUACAGAGGAGCAACCAGAGAGCUGUGACGGUGGCCGUGUCCACAGCCUUGGAGCCCAACAGCCCACCCCGGCCCUCGGCCUCCUGCACCCCACCCCCUGACUUCAGCCAGUGCCUGGCAGCCCCAAGCUCCUUGAACGCCAUGACCUCUAUGGCGUCUCACCCCUUCAACAACAGGAUGGCGCUGCAGCAGAACUCAGUCAACUUGGCCACCGAGCGGCAUCAUAGCUGCGACAACAUGGAGGACGAGGAAGACUUCCUGAGGAUAAGAUAUGACCAAGCCCCCACAGAGCUGCCCAACAGCUGCUCCCCAUCGCCGCUGAUGCACUCCGGCUACAUGAAGGACAAACGCCGCCUGAGCAAGACCAGUGGGAGCAGCAGCCGGGCUCGCCAAGAUGACCUGGCAGUAUAGACUCACAACCAGGAAGAGUGGCUGAUCGGGUGGGAGAGGAGGGGCUCGACCUUCAGAGCCAAAGAGAAGGGACGGAAAGAUCAGUUUAGGAAGACACAGACAAGAGGAGUCUGAGUGAAGGGGUCACAACGUGAGCACAGGCUACUUAUGCAAACUCUGACACUGAAGCCUGACACUUGACUAUAGAGGAUGGACUGGACUUUAAAGAGUGACACUAAGAUCCGUGAGUGGACUGUGUAAACUUGACAUGUGUGAACUCUGUGAGCAGAUAGUGUUUGUAAACCAAUCUGUCACAGAGCUCAGAAAACUGACAACCAAACUGCAAAAGAAAAAUAAUUUUGAAUUGAGAACAGGGUAACAGGUGUGAGACCUGACUAUUGCACAUUUUCUGUUUGAAAAAGUUAAAGCCAAAAACUAAAACAGAUAAAGAGACUAGUAAGUGAAAAUGACACGAUAUUGGUGUGAGAAUCCUUUCAUUAUAAUCCAUAAUAUGACACACAUCUCAACUAUACAAUUAAGAUUAGGUAACUUUAAUAGCCCAACCAACUGUUUCUUUUUUUUGCGGCAAAAAAUAAAAUA